ACUUGAACUUCCCCCGUCAUCGAUCUUCUCUCUCUCUCUCUCUCUUUAUAUCGCAAGCUGGUGCCUAGCCCAACACACACUGCACUUCCGCUUUUGAAAGAUCAAAUCUCUAUCGACAGCAAAAGCAAAAGCGUUUCUUACCAAAAAAAAAGUGCCAAACUUAUUACAAUUCCUCGUUGGAUCCCCUACGAUUAACACUGCCAUCACUCGCACACGUCGGAUCCAAUCGGCCCUUUCCGUUAGGAGUCAAAUUUGUCAUCUUUUGGAUUCGUAGGGUUUCCUGUCAGUGUCUGAAGAUUGCGGUUCUCCGACAGCAUUCUGAAACCUCGGUAACCUUUGGAAAAGGCUUCAUCUGGAUGGCAAGUGUGUGCUAGGGUUCUUUUGCGUGCUAAGAGUGAAUAUGGAAGUGCAGAUUCAUAUACUUGAGCAGGAAGCUUACUGUGCUGUACUAAGGGCUUUUAAAGCUCAGUCUGAUGCAAUCUCUUGGGAAAAAGAAAGCAUGAUAACAGAGCUGCGUAAAGAACUGAGAGUAUCUGAUGAUGAACACCGGGAACUGCUGAGCAGUGUCCACAACGACGACAUUAUCAAAAGGAUAAGGGAGUGGAGACAGGGAGGUGGAAACCAAGUUGUUAGGCAUGCAAGUAACCAGUCCCUCGAUGUUCUUCCUAGUCAGGCCUUUUCAGCUUCUAGGAAGAAGCAGAAGACGUUCCAAUCCUAUCCAUCGAUUGGUUCUACUAGAAGUAGGUCAUUCAACAACCAUGUAGUAGUGUCUGGUGGUGCCGUAUCAGGUAAUGAACCUGCGGAAGCUCUUAUUGGAAAAAAAGUGUGGACGAGAUGGCCUGAAGACAAUAGCUUUUAUGAAGCGGUAGUUACGCAAUACAAUGCAGUUGAGGGUCGCCAUGCGUUGGUAUAUGACAUAAACACAGCGAAUGAAACAUGGGAAUGGGUUGAUCUUAAGGAGAUUCCACCGCAAGAUAUAAGAUGGGGUGGAGAGGAGAAUGGGGCAACUUUAAAUGCAGGACAUGGCGGUGGAAUGACUCGUGGGAGUCGAAGAACCUUAAGCAAUGGUGGUCUAGCGAGAGUUCCAAUGACACAGCCGAGAAGAGACCAUCUAGUAAUAGCUCAAAACGGUGGUGGGAGGAAGUUUUUCGAUGAGAUCGAACUGUUCAACACAGACUCACUUGUGAAAGAGGUGGAGAGAGUUUUUGAUUCUAACCUUCCUGACCCGCACGAGCUUGAUAAGGCCAAGAAGCUACUCAAGGAACAUGAACAGGCGCUUAUUUCUGCCAUUGCAAGGCUUGCAGAUGCUUCUGAUUUCGAAAGCGAUGGAGAGGAAGCGUAUAUGCAUGAGCUUCCGAUGCAUGAGGAAUAACAGUGGACAAAGAAAGAGACUCACCCAUCAACCUUAGCGCACUCUUCUUAUAUCCUUACCUGCAAAUAUCCCUACGAAGAUAGAAAACAUUUUGUAUUGGUUUCGAAAAAUGUAUUACAAUACGUUAGAGAUUUUGUUUGUAAAAACACAUUAAUUCAUUCUCAAUUUUUUUUAUAAUAA